GCAGCAGGGGCUCACGCCAGUCGCCACUGUAUCUCCCUCGUUGAGCCGCCAAUCCGUUCGUCGUGCAGGAGACGGAGGCGCAGCCGCGCAGGGGAGCAUCGCAGGUCUCCUGUCAGUUUCCCAGUGGUUCCUUCGCUGUUCGUGUCGCCCCUGCCGCCUUCCAGUCUCCUCGUCGCCGGAAGGCGGGCGCUCCCGGCGCACACCGACGCGUUCCCCCUCUGCGUUCUCUUCUCCCGUUCACCCCUGCCUUUUCGUCUUCUAUUCACCCCGAGCACCAGCGCCGCCCUCCGCCAGGUGCCCAGAUCGAGCACCCACCAGGCUCAUAGGACUAGGUCUUUUUAUGUUACAAAGCUGCAAUGAAGGAUGCUCAGGUGAGUUUGCUCGCUUUUGCCUUCAGUCCUUCUCUUCAGAAUAAAUUGAUUGGCUGAUUGCUGGUAGAUUUUAUACAGCUUAAGUGCAUGUUUUUCCCUUAAGCGGACUGCAAGUGAUGUGCCAUAUGGAAUUUGUAUUGGAUGCUAAACAGUUCAUUUUCUUUAAGUUUUUGGUAAUUGGAUAUUCUAUAAGCCAUUUGUCCUUUUUGUUGUUGGAUGUGUACUACCCAGCCUGGCCUAACUCAAUAUUUACCAUGCGUGUUCUACCCUUUUUUCUUCUUAAUAUAAUGAUACACAGCUCUCCUACAUGUUUGCCAAAAAAAAGGCAGCUCUCCUGCCUGUUCGUGUCAAAAAUUGAAUUUCUGUGGGGUAGCUAGACGUAAAUAAGAGCAAUUACACCAAAUCUGCACUUAAGCCUAAAGAAAAUGGUAUUGCACUGAUGCAAUGGAUCUAUGUACUUAGCAAUUGUGGCACCAAUGAGAUUGUUCUCAUUUUGUUUCAAUGAUUCAUUCUUUAGUGCCCAGGCCUCAGUUUUUUCCCCCCAUUCCUGGACAAGUUUUUCUUCAAUACUGAGGCCUCCAUUUUUAUUUCUUGCUGAUAUACUCACAAUGGACCGAUGUUGUUUUCAACGGCGCCAUUUACCCACUUUUUUCCUUCAUCGGGCAGUUGAAUUAUGUUACUUAAGGACUUUUCUACAGGAUAUUCAGAGCACGACAGAGUUGCAGUCAUCAGCACAAGGUACUAAUGAAGUGCAGAGUCAACAACCAAAUGCAAUGGCCACUGAUGCUCCUGCAGGAGAUUCUGGUUCCUUGUCAGUAAGAAGUAAUGACAAUAAGAAGGUCUCCCGUGAAGACAUUGAACUUGUACAGAAUUUGAUAGAACGCUGUCUACAGCUAUACAUGAACAAAGGAGAGGUUGUUAGGACUCUAUCUACUCGUGCAAGAAUAGAACCUGGCUUCACUACCUUAGUAUGGCAGAAACUCGAAGAAGAGAACUCUGAGUUCUUUAGGGCUUACUAUAUACGGUUGAAAUUGAAAAGACAGAUCAUCCUGUUCAAUCAUUUAUUGCAACACCAGUACAAUUUAAUGAAAUAUCCAGUACCUACAAAUGUUCCAUUGGCUCCAAUGCAAAACGGGAUUCAUCAUAUGCCAGUUAGCAAUUUACCAAUGGGGUAUCCAGUACUUCAGCAGCCUAUAAUGCCUGCUCCAGGCCAGCCUCACAUAGACCCUAUGGCCUGUGGUAUGUCCAGUGGUCAUAUAGUGAACGGAAUCCCUGCGCCAGGUGGUUAUCAUCCAAUUCGCAUGAACUCUGGAAAUGACAUGGUUGUGGACAAUGGUGUAACUGAAGCACCACAUGCUGGCGCUAGUGGCAGUGCUAUGUCGUCUGAGAUGGCUGUGAGUCCCUCAUCAGCAGCGUCAAGCAACCAUGCUCCUUUUACACCAUCAGAGAUACCAGGGAUGACCAUGGAUGUAUCAGCCCUAGAUUCAACGUUUGGAUCUGAUGUAGGAAAUGCUGGACCUCUGCAAUUAGGACCAGAUGGCUCGUCAAGAGACUCCAUCAGAUCCUUAGGGCAGAUCUGGAAUUUCAGCCUUUCUGAUCUAACAGCUGAUUUGACGAGUUUGGGAGAUUUGGAAGCACUUGAGAACUACACCGGUACCCCUUUCCUGCAUUCGGAUUCUGACAUAUUACUCGAUUCCCCAGAUCAGGACGACAUAGUUGAGUAUUUUGCUGAUGCCAUCAACGGAUCUCAAUCAGAUGAAGAAAAACCUUAGUGAUGCUCUUGUUUCAUAUCUUAGCCCCGUUCAGGUUCAGGAAGGACUCCAAUCUCUCGUGUAGUGUAAGUUUGCUGCGGUGCUGCGGCGAAUCUAACUGUGUAUCCUCCCACACAGGUGGGGUGAUUCUGUAAUUGGCCUUUGCCGCUAGAGUUUUUUUAUAGUAGUGGUUAAAAUACUAAUUCUUUGGAAUAAACAGUUGGUCGGUGUAGCCUUUGGCCAGAUAAAAUUUACGGUUGGUGGUGAAAAAUUUAUGGUUCGUGACUGUCAAACCUUACCUCCAGGAACAACUCUUUGUGCCUGCUACUACAGAAGUGAGUGAGCAGUUGGUAGGGUUAAACUAUUUUCCUUGGCUCUUGGAUUAUAUUGCUCGCUUGCACGGUCGAUGAUCCGGUGCAGAACCGUGGCUUGCUUCUGGUUUGGAAGACGUUUGAUCAGUGCUUUACACGGGGUUUGAGCUGAAAUUUGGGGGCUUGUUUUAUGUUUUUUUGUUUCGAGAAUGUGGGGCUUGUUUUAUGUAAACAUUGUAAGGCAAGAUGCUGAGCGUUCAGCAUAUGUUAGUGAAUAUUAUGCUGCGGUCAUCUGGCCGGACUUGUGGUUGGA